AUGUUCAUCAUCAUCGCAAGAGCAGUUCAGCAAGAGCUACGGCCUAUCGCCAGAAAACUCGAGUCACAAGUGGAGUCGCUGGACAAUAGACUGACUCUACUCGACUCUCGAGUGACUGAAUGGACCACCCACAUUUUAAGGAGCAGACAGAGUGAGCAGAUGGAAGAGCUGUCCGGUCAACUGACUGGAAUCACUUCGAGACUUGACAGCCAGCAAUCGCAACUGAGCGAGCUCAACACCCAGCUGAAUGAACAAAAAUCACAACAAGACGAGACGGCAGCCUCAGUGAACAGCUUCAGAGCGCAACUAGACAUCAUCGUCACACAGCAAGGAGAUCAACUCACACAGACGUCUCAACUAGCUACAAGGCUCGAUAGCCAGCAAUCUCAACUGAGCGAGCUCAAGACCCAGCUGAACAACCAAAAAACCCAACAAGAGGAGACUGCAGCCACCGUGAACGGCAAUACGGAACGACUGGAAUCCAAUGUAACUUGGCUAGAAAAUCAACUAACAAAGGUGUCUGGACUGGCCAACAGGCUCAACAGCCAGCUUGAAUCACAACUGGACGAGCUCAGUGACCAGCUGAACGAGCAGAAAUCAGUUCAGAACGUGACUACAGUCGCAUUGGAUAAUCAUAGUGAUGCCACGACAUCACAGACUGUCACUCCAGUGUCCCAGCUGGCUGAAACCAUUAAUAAGACAACAGCCAUACAGGAGAACGUAGAUCACCUGGUUUCCGAGGUAAAGCAGCUGCCUCCUCCCCGUGAUUGCAGCGACAUUCCUGUCGACUCCCCGUCUGGAGUCUACCUCCUUCUGCCCAGUGGUAACAACACACAACCACCCGUCGAGGCCUACUGCGACAUGGAAACUGUCGGAGGGAACUGGACGGUGAUCCAGCGGAGAGACGACAUCAAACCCCACCAGGACUUCUUCCUCGGAUGGGGGGACUAUAAGGAAGGCUUCGAAGCAUCAGGGGGCCUGGUGGUACGGCAGGAGAUGCGGGUACAGCAGUCUGAACGGCUGUUUGAGCGGUGA